CCAAAAUCGCCACCGGUUCCGAUUGCAAACCUUAACCAUACAAUUAUAAUCGAAUUAACAUGUGAAAUCGUCGUUCUGCACGAGUAUCAAUGUACAUAUCAACCGUAUUUUGUAGAAAAUAACCGAACAUGGUUAGCUAUUCGUUCGUUUCGGUUCUUCAAAUAUUGACCUAGUAGGUAGCUAGUGUAGGUAGAAGUGAACAUGUUGCGUGAAAAUCAAAAAGGACUUCUACGGUCCUUCAAGACGUCCCUUGUCGUUGUCGUACUGCUAAUGCAAGUACUGCCCGUGUUUCCUGAACAGGAUGAGGAUAUACCGCAUAACGAGGUGAAAAACUGGGCAUUGCAGUUUGGAGUAGACUUGUGGGAAUACGGCAAACUUAAGACAAGGAUGAAUGAGUUACAAAGGAAAUAUCACGACGUAAAUAUAGAUGUAGUCAGAAAAGAUGGUCUCAUUCUCAUCAGGGAAAUGGCAACGGAGGUCAAAAAUAUGAUGAGAUUCAAAAUGAGUGCCGUUAUGAGGAUACUGGAUUCAGCAGAACAAGCUGCUCUCACUCCACGUGCUGAUAAUGGACAGCCCUUCCGAUACUAUAACGCAAAAAGACUGAACGCCUUCGGGCGUGAUGGCAGGCCCGCAGAAGGCAACAGAGAACUAAUGCUUACUCCGAAUCCUCAUUUCGAUCAUUUACCAGUAAACACUAGCCUUAGUACUAUUUUGAUGGCGAACAAUGUUAUGGAAAGCGAUCCAGACGUUAUGAAUGCCAUUCAGUGGUCUGAACAUUUAGAUCCGCUCUUUGUGAAUAACUAUGAAGGUGAUCCGUCAUUGUCUUGGCAGUUUUUUGGCAGUUCUACCGGAUUUUUAAGAAGAUAUCCUGGAAUCGCAUGGCCUCCUGAAGAUAUGUCAACCGUAUGGCAAAGGCCUAGAACCAAUAGAAAUAUUUAUGAUUUUCGUUCGUCCACUUGGUACGUGAAUGCUGCAACGUCUCCAAAGGAUAUAGUCAUUUUAAUUGACAACUCUGGCUCCAUGACUGGACAUAGAGCAAAUUUAGCUAGGGCUACUGUGGAAGCUAUUCUGGACACGUUGUCUGACAACGAUUUCGUGAACAUCUACAAAUUUUCUGAUACCACCCAAGAAACAGUACCGUGUUUUAGAGACCUGCUAGCCCAGGCUAAUAGUGAAAAUAUACGCUACUUGAAAGACUCCAUGGGGACUCUUAAACCAGAGAACAUAGCCAAUUUCACUUCCGCACUGAUUACAGCUUUCGAAAUUUUGCAAAAAUACAACCGAUCAGGACAAGGUUGUCAGUGUAACCAAGCCAUAAUGUUGAUCACUGACGGUCCACCAUCGACCUACAGCGAAAUUUUCAAGAUGUAUAAUUUUCCACAUAGUCCGGUUAGGGUUUUUUCCUACCUCAUCGGGAAGGAUUUAAGUAGUGCUAGUGAAAUGCACUGGAUGGCUUGUGCUCAUAAAGGUUACUACUCUGUGAUCGAGUUCUAUGAUCAGAUAAAAGAAAGUGUCCUGCAUUACAUUGAAGUCAUGGCCAGACCGAUGGUCAUGUACCAACAUGAUCAUCCCAUUCAGUGGACACCAGCCUAUGUUGGUGGAAGGGCUGAUAGCUUUUCUGAUGAUAAGCGUGGUCAACUGAUGACAACUGUGACCUCUCCAGUUUUUGAUCGCCAAAAUCAUACGGUGCGAGUUGCAAAUGUUCUUGGUGUUGUCGGAACCGAUGUUUCGAUAGAUCAAAUAGGGAAACUAGUUCCACCUUAUAAACUAGGAGUUAAUGGUUAUUCAUUCAUUGUGAAUAACAACGGUCAUGUUCUGUAUCACCCAGAUCUGAGGCCGGUGGAGAACAAUGACCUUUAUGAAGAUACCCUUGAACCCAAAUACAUUUCUGUUGAUCUAACAGAGGUGGAACUAGUGGAAAACGAAAACGGUCCUAGAGAAAACCAUACCUCACUUCUAGAUUUGAGGCACGACAUGAUAGAUCAGAAAGAAGGUGAAACAGAAAUCAGCGUGAAAGUUCAUUAUGACAAUAUGCGUCGUGUCACUACUAGAAGAAACAAGUAUUUUUAUAAUCCAAUCGAAGGUACACCGUUUUCUUUGGGUCUUGCUAUCCCGGAAGGGUAUGGCAUGUACGAAUUGUUGGCUGAACAGGAGAUCAAGCACAGCCAGAAAAACGUAAGCGAUUAUUUCAAGGGUAGCAACUGGAGGGUUCACCCAGACUGGGUGUACUGUGAAUACACAACUGGUACAUCAGGAGAACAAUGGUUCAAAACGGCGGAAGAGCGCGUUUUGCACUUUCUUUCAAGAACUCGAAGACCUGGAUGGAAAUGGAUGUCAUUGAGGCCGAGGUCACCUUUACAAAGAGAACAGCACCAUCAUUUGUCAACAAAACAGGAUAAAGAUGCGUAUUACUGCGACAAAACAUUAUUACAAUCCCUCGUACUGGAUGCGUUGGUAACAGAAGGUUUAGAAAAGCACUCAAUUCAACCGGGACAACACCAAGGAUAUGAAAUAUUUGGAACCAUCCUGUCAUUUGUUGCGACUAGAAGUGGGCUCCUGAGAUGGACAAAUUUGACUAACACCAAAUCUAAUGAACCACAUUUUAGUGAAAAUAACGUCCGAGCCACAGACGAGACCUGGUACAAAAGGGCAGUAGAUCAGCAUUCAAUUGAACCUGAAAGUUUCGUAUUUUCUGUUCCGUUCGAUAUCGGUUCUUACGGGAAACCUCUCAUAACAGCUACACAUGCAGUUUUCGUCGAGCAUAACGGCCAUCGAGCUCCAGCGGCAGUGGUGGGAUUGCAGUAUCAACAUUCCACCUUGGCUUCCCAUUUUCUCAACAUAACUUCGAAGUGUACGGGUUCUUCUACUUGCAAAAAAACCUGCGCCAGCGAGAAACUGGAUUGUUACGUCUUGGAUAAUAAUGGUUUUAUAAUAAUAUCUGAAAAUGCGGAACAUACUGGUCGAUUUUUCGGACAAAUCGACGGUACUAUCAUGGAUUCGCUUGUACAGGACAGAAUUUAUGUAAAAGUUCCAGUUUAUGAUUAUCAAGGAGCUUGUUCCAACAGCAAAUUCCAUUUCAGUGGGAGCGCAAACAAAAUUGGGACAUUUGAUCCGGCGAAAGUUUUCUUUACUUUUAUAUUGAAGAGUCUAUUUGUUCUGUUCUCCAAACUGAAAAUGGUGUAUGGUACAGCUUUGUCUUAUAAUCGAGAUGACG